UGGUCACCACUGUGUUCCUAACAAGGGUGCCGUACGAUCCAAAGUGAUGAAAGAUGGCUGGAAUCGCGUUGUCCAGGUCCGGGUUGUAGCUUGUUCUUCUACUCCAAUUGUCCUCGCCAAUGGGAGAGCGCCAACGUGUCACUUUAUAUCUCUCCGGGUUAAUCAGAUACGUAAAUGUCAAGCUUCUGACUCCGGAUUGGAUGAUUAUUUGACCCCAACGCCGUCAAUAUCAAGGUUAAGAACGAUUAAUGAGUUGGGUUAACUCGUCAGAGGCCCGGGUUAUCGGCCUCACUAGGUCAACUCGGCAGAAGUCCGGGUUAUUGACACAUCCUUUGAUCACUCCGAAUCCACAUAACCUCCAACUGUCAUCAGGAUCUCAGGUAGUGUUUAUUUUUCUCCGGGUAGAUUUAGGACAAAUUAUACUUGCUUCGGCUGAUUUUCCAAUCAUGUGUCACUCAAUCAUGGGCAACCUAACCCUCAACUGUCACCUUUAUCCAGUGUGAUGGCUCACUUCUUCCGGAAUUCUCCAGAUUCUUUUACUUCAAAUGUGUCCCUCAAGAUACCUCGCGACACGAAACAGCCUCCCACUGGAGAGGAUAUUCCUCUUUCGUUCUUCAACAUCCUUCUCAGGCUGUGGGCAUGAUCUCAACUCAGUGGACGAUUUUGUGGUGUACAAUUUUAUUCAAUGACUAAUUAAUAGGAGGGAGGAAGAAAUUGAUGGUUGAUGAGAAGAAAUGUUACCUCUUCGGUCGCAAUCAACAGCUGAAUGACUUCUGCAUCGACCAUGCAUCAUGUUCUCGAGUUCACGCUGCUUUGGUAUAUCAUAAACAUCUGAAUCGAGCAUUUCUCGUUGAUUUAGCCAGCACCCACGGGACAUACAUUGGCAACAUGAGACUCGAGGGGCAAAAACCCACUCAAUUACCUAUUGACAGUGCAUUUCAUUUUGGAGCAUCGACGAGGUACUAUAUUAUUCGUGAAAGACCUCAAACAGGUACCAGAGGAAUUAUGGAGGAACUAGAGAAAUCUUCCGAAGAUAAUGAGGCCGGUGGUCUCCUGGGAUUACCAGAAACGGAAACAGAACUUGACAAUUUAACUGAGUUCAAUACAGCUCACAAUCGUCGUAUAUCCAUGUUGGGAAUAACUGACGAUGAUCCGCAUAAAUCGAAUCGAAAGCGAAAGAAAAAGGGAAUAACUUUCAAUGAGGAUGAAGAGGUCAUUAACCCAGAAGAUGUUGAUCCUUCAGUUGGAAGAUUCAGAAAUUUGGUGCAGACAACAAUCGUCCCAAGCAAGCGCAUGAGAUUGGAAGGAGGAUUAAUAUCGUUUCACGAAGAGCCACAGCAUCGCCUCAAGCCCCUUCAACCAUCUUCCACCGUUUCCCACCUCUACCACGACAUUCCGCCAGAGCAAUAUGCCCCCUCGACUCCCAGCAAUUUCUUUUCAACAGCUUUGACAUCCUUAACAUCUCGCCUCGGUAUUGCCCUCCCAAAUCCAGCACCAGAAGUCGAGAUGGCUCCAAGCCAAAUACACACAGAUGUGCCACCUAUUCAGGAGGUUGCUGUGCCAAAUGAACCUUAUUCCGUCGAGCCCAAGAAGAAGAAAUACGCCAAAGAAGCGUGGCCUGGCAAAAAACCGUUGCCAACUCUCUUGGUAUAGAGGAGAAUUUGUAAUAUUCAAUACGUAAGAAUCUCUGUGAUGAUUUCAGUAGUAGUGAAAGAGUGGUAAAAGAGUUUUACCAAAACUUUCAGUGCUUGUUACAUUUGCAUUUAUAUCGAAAACGAUUCAAGUAGCGAUGAAAUGUCUGAAUAUUCUCUCCAAACCGAGAAAAUGUUCCAUUGAAAAUGUCUCUUGGUAUUCACUUGUAAGAUUGUCCAUUUGCAAUGGUGCUCUUCUCUGCUAUAGUUAGAGAAUAUAACUACACCAAACAGAAGCAGAUCCCUCAUUUCUGUGACAAUUUCUUGACCCAUUGUGACACGUCAUUGAAACUCACUUUUCCGUACCCCUCUUCACUUUUUCUUGUCCGGGGACUGACAUUGACUCUUUCUCAAACUCAUAAAAGUGAAAAUUACUGCGGAAAAAUAUUGUUCAUGACUAGUAUCUGAGGUUUUUUUACACGUCUGGUCGGCUAGUCCUUCACUGCGGUUCGGAUGCCAACUCUAUACGAGUAGAAAACCCUAUGGUACUCGUCCUGAAAUAUUAUAUUUCGCCUUUUCUUCCGACGAUAAACCACAUGACGCAUAUACGCUUUAGGCCUCCGCACAAUCAAAGCAAUAAAGCACAAGCAUUAAAAACAGCCAAUAGAGCAAGAAGCAUAAGCAACACUGGCCAGUCAUUCUGUAUUGCGCGUUAGCAGAAUAGCAGGGGUUGAAUUGUGUUGAUUACUUAUAGCUUUUUCUUCGUUGCUAAUAUCUGUUGCUUAUCGCUUAUGUUGUUCAAUUGUGCGGAGGCCCUUCGACUUGAGCUGACAAAUUGAAAAAAUUUUAUAGAAAAAUGUAGCGCAUGUGCUACGCUGAUAGAAAAGGUGAAACGAUGUAUUAGGUGUAUAACUUGAUCUUUCCCAUUUUUUUAAUUGAGUUCGGUGUCUUAUUUAAAAUUUAAAUAUUUAGGCGCCCGUUUACGAUUUUGAAGAGUGAACCUUACAGUUUUUAAUACGCUAUAUGCCAGGCCUGGAAGAGCUGUAUAAUUUCACAAGAUACUAGUAUACACGAUCGCGACCGAUACGCAGCACAUUCGGCACUGUAUUCUCUACGAGUUCCAACAAGGAAAAAAAGCCGUUGAAGCCCGCAAUUCGAUUUGUUUUACUCUCGGAAGUAAUAUUGUGUCUUAUAAUACGUGUAAAUGUUGGUAUAGACGCUUUAAAAAUAGCAACUUCGAUCUCAGUGAUCGGAAACGUCCUGAACAGCCUCUGAAAUUGGAAGAUACUGAAUUGCAAAAAUUACUCGACAAAGACUCAACGUAAACCCAAAAAGAGUAUGCAGCUCAGCUAGGAGUUACUCAAGCCGCAGUCUCUAAACGAUUACACGCAAUGGGAAAAAUACAAAAGGUAGAAAGAUGGGUUCCACACGAACUGACCGAACAUAACUCUGGUCAACGCAUGAACACUUGUCUUUUGCUGCUCGUGAAGUGCCAAAAGAAAAAUUUUUUGUCAAAUUUUGUGACGGGAGAUGAAAAAUGGAUAUUUUGUGCUAAUCGCAAAUGCAAAAAGGCAUGGUUGGAUCUCGGACAACCAUCGAUAUCCAUUUCCCAACAAAAAAUUCACUUGAAAAAAGUUCUCCUCUGCAUCUGGUGGGAUAUGAAGGGUCUAUUACGAACUUUUGGGAACAUGUUAGACAGUUACUGCAGAACGCUACAGUUGACAAUUGAACAAAUUAAGCGAGGUACUUGAUGAGAAGAGGCCAUUUACUGGACAAGGGAGCCGGAAAGUCACUGCUGCGUGGUAACGCUCGACUUCAUGUUGAUCGCGCGCCUCAGAAAACCAUUUUAAGAAAAUUAGUCGAUGACUUCAUCGCCCCAAAGCCUGCAAGUCUUUUUCGCGAUGGCACUCGUAUGUUGCCCGAUCAAUGGCGCAAGAUCAUCGAAAAAGAUGGACGAUAUUUCGAGGAUUGACCUAGUAUUCAUAUAUUUUACGUCACAUAUUUUUUCAUAAAAAAAGGGAAAAAUUAAGUUAUACACCUAAUAGUUGCUGUUCGUUAACAGCAAUUAAUUCGUUCCACCAAUAACUACAUUAAUAGUGGAUUAUUAACGAGUCACGGUAAUAGUUAAGAAGCCUCGUGAAUAGUAACUAAAUCCUUCUAUUAGUGUAGAAGAUUCCAUUGAAUUUCUAUUGGACUUUGGUUGAAAAUUCUAUUAGUUUAGCGCCGAUUUCAUUGAAAACUCCUGCAGUACUCCGGCGAGUUAUCCCGAUGGAAAUAUCCCAUAGAAUUCAAUUGUCUUAUACAACUAAAUAGAAUGCUAUUGAAGUAUUUUCAGUUGUAAUAGCUUCAAAAUUUUCGGGUAUUUCCCGAUAGGUUCCUUGCAUACAAAAAAGGGUGUCAAGUUUUGCAGGUUGAGAAAUCGUUCUGCAAAACUUGGCACGAUUGUUUGUUUGUAGGGAGCUCGAGGGAAAUAUCCAAUUAAUUUCGAAAUUCGAGGAGUAUUUAUGGGAUUAUUUCCCUCAUCACCCCUUGCGAACAAUAAAAUUACGGAAUCGACGUCCCGUGGUCCAAUCAGAACAGAAUUUUAUCGACAAUUUCCUCAAUUCUGAUUUUGACCAAUC